AUGAAACAUUUCGUCAAAAGCAAAAUUAUGGGCCAUUUCCGAAGUUCAGAGCAGCAGAGAAAAGAUGCGGGCCAGGGAAGCCACACAGAUCGUUCCCAAGAUAGUCAGGCCGAGGUGUGUCCAAAUCCACGUCCUGCUCCCCAAAGAUCGUGUCCUGGUAGCCUGAAUGUUCCAGAGAAAAUGUACGUUCUGAAGAACUGCGAUCGAUGUCAGGACUAUAAGGUGCAACCCUGCAAUCAAAAUUGUAAGUGUCGAAAAAAAAGAGCUCCCUGCUCAAGUCAGUGCGGAAUUUCGUAUCAGGAUAGAUCGUCAACGCAUUCCCAGGACAGCAUUACAGAAGCGGUGGUGCCAAGGACCAAGUUGUCUGAGCCAUCAAAGUCCUUAGAUGACCUUGCCUCAGAUCGUCGAAUGGGUGGCAACUGUCCCAUAUGCCAAUUUUGUGGACAAGAGGAGAUCCGUCAGCCGGGUCAGAAUAUGUGCGUGCAGUGCAACGAGAAGAUCCAGGCAGCCGUAGACAAUUACCAUGUGCAGUGCCAAGGACAAUGCCAACAGACAGCGGGGCAGCCGUGUCCUUAUCAACAAGUACAACCGCAAUACCAGCCACAGCUUCAGCCAGCUGGUCAGUGGCAACAGUUAAGUGGAAAUCCGUAUGAAAACGGUCAACAGCAUCAGGGAGAACAACCCUUCAACAUAAUUGUGCUUCAGGAUUGCAACAAUCAUUCGCUGAUCGAUCAGCUAACAGCUGCUAUAAACCGCGGCGGAGGUCAAGUGCAUAUGCCAACGGAAGCUCAGUCAUCUGAAAAUAAAGCCUACCCCAACAACUAUCCCAAUAACUAUCAAAACAAUCCACUAUCUGGAUUUAUAGACUACGAGUACGUGGACCCCAAUCGCAAGGAUUAUGGUUACGAACCGGAAAGGGACGAUCGGUACGACUAUGGAUAUGAUGUGGGUCCUUGGCGCCAGGAUCCCUACUGCCAAAGAGAUGGCUAUGACGACGACGGCUAUCAGAACUACGGAUCAUGCAACAGCUACGAUUGUCCCGCCAAAAACCGUGCCAACCAGAAUAUAGAAUCCCUAGGCACCAAUCAAACUGAUCAGCCUUGGAGCCAGUCAUACGAUUAUGGCCAAUCCAAGAGUUGCACCUGCAGCUGCCAAUUCUGCCGCAAGGCUUUCGAAACCAAGGAUAAGCUGGCUCUGCUCAUUGCCCAGGCCUUAGAGAUCUUCAUCAGUAAUAGUAAUACCAAGGAAGAAAAGAAAAGUGAGCAGACCAAUAAGACUAAAGCUAAGAAAAAGAAGGUUGCAAAGAGCAUGAACCCGGAACCCGACGAAAAGAUUCUACCACAGUCCAAGCAGGAGAGUGCAGAGCACGUUGCCAAUUUGCCAACGAAGGUAACUCCAAGGUCAAAGACGAUGGAAACUCCAAGGUCAAAGACGAUGGAAACUCCAAGGUCAAAGACGAAGGAAACUCCACGUUCAAAGACGAAGGAAACUCCACGUUCAAAGACAAAGGAAACUCCACAAGUAAAAGAAACUCAAUUGGGAAACGAAAAGAGUAGUAAGGGGAAAUUUAGCUACCAAUCCACGCAAAGUAACAAGACGAUUUCCAUCCAAAGUUCCACUCCGAAAGUAGCCAAACAUUUGGGACAAGGUUCAAGGUUCAAGGUUGCGGUGGCCCACAACGAAUCCAGCCACGAUGAAGAUAGUAUGGUAUCGCACAACAAGACGCCAUCAUUUUUCCUGCCCAACUGCGAGGAACAUCGCUGCAAGCGCAAUUGCAAUGGGCUAUGUUCGCGAAAACCGCAUGAUUGUGAUAAAGGUUGCAAGUCGAGAUGCCGCGGUCCCUGCUCCAAAUCAGGAGGUGGUGAUGGACGUAGCCGCAGAAAGGGAUCGAAGAAACAGCAGCGAUCCAAUCAGAGGCACUCCCGUUGCCAGCAGUGCAACCAGGGUGAGGGUCGCCAGUGGCAGGAAGUUAGCGCCAACGAUUGUCCGGCGGUCACGAAAACCGGGAAUCGAAAUUCAGGAGGCAGUGGAGGCGUUGGUAAGAACGCGCUCUUGGGCCUCAGUCCCAUUGCCCACUAUCGACCCGGAAUGCUGCAGUUUCCCGUGAAUUACCUCCUGGCGGGCACCAACUUCCGGCGGAGGCUCGUUCGCACCGCCGCCGGCGUAACGUUGCACCAGAAACCGUACUUGGACCAGGCCGAUGCCAAGGAUCUGCCCAGCUUUCCGUGCCGCCAGAAGACUAGCAGCCCCGACUGUCGAGCACCCGUUAAAAAGUGGCUCUGAGCUCCAGAACGCGUCGCCGAAUUAUAUGCAUUGUUGCGUAUCGAAGGACCUAGAUGGUGAUCCUUCGAUCCAUACAGUGCAUACGUUCGCCCAGACGCGUAGUGGCUUAUAGUUUUCUUUUUCCAAAUUCUUAAGUAGUUUUAGCCUGAUCAAUAUUUCAAAAGUGCAAUAAACCGGUUAGAAUUCCAACUCCACCAACAUCA